GGAGGUCUGCAGGGCAAGGGAUCGCCCGUGCCGCUGACUGCCUAUGUGCUCAUCGCCCUACUUGAGGCAGGCGCGCCCGCCGACGCCCCGAUCGUUCUCCAAACGACGCGCUGCGUGCUGGGCGAUAUGACCAGGGACCCCUACACCAUCGCCCUCAAGGCCUACGCUCUCGCCCUGGCUGGGCAUCCCCGGUAUACGGCCGUCCUGCUGCAGCUGCUCGAGUUAGCCGUCGAGGACGACGAGGGAAUGUACUGGGAGGUGCAGCGAAUGUUCUACAGGAGCAACUCCCUCGCUGUGGAGACGGCGGGCUACGCAAUCAUGGCCAUGAUGGCCAAUCCCGAGAGAUACUUAUUGGACGCGAGGAAGAUCGUCAAGUGGAUCACCACCAAGAGGAACGGAUACGGAGGUUUCUACUCUACACAGGACACAAUAGUGGCCCUGCAAGCCCUGGCCAGCUACGAGACCAAUACGUACGAAGGGAAGCUUGAUGUUGUGGCCACAGUCACAUCUUUCAGCUUCCGCGAAUCGGAGAAGGUCCAGCAGUCGCAGCAAUUCCAACAAUCACAAAAGUUGCAGUAUAAGCGGUCCGUACCCACUGUCGGUAACCUCGUGCACGAAUUCAUUAUCAAUGAGGACAGCAAGCUUUUGCAGCAGCAAGUGAGUCUUCCGGACUUCCCCACCUACGUGAAGAUUAGCAUGGAGGGGCAGGGAUGCGCCGUGAUGCAGGCGGUCCUUCGCUACAACGUUCCCGUCGCCGAACCGAGCGAUGCCUUCAGCCUCAAAGUCGACGGCGACAACGCACCUGGGAGGGACUGCGCCCGCAAGCGAAUCCGCGCCUGCUCCGCCUACAUCCUGCCGGACGGCGAGUCCAACAUGGCCGUCAUCGAAGUGAACCUCAUUUCCGGCUUCAUCCCCGUGAAGGACGACCUCAAGGCGGUCGUGAGGCGAAACCCUAAGGUCAUAAAGCGCUACGAGGUGGACGGCAGCAAAGUGUCCUUCUACAUCGAGGAGUUCACGGCCGAGGAGGUGUGCGUCGCCUUCAACAUCUUGCGCGAGGUUGAGGUCGAGAACACCAAGCCGGGAACCGUGGUUGUUUACGACUACUACGAGCCCGACUUCGCCGUCAGCACGACAUACGCCUUCCCGUACGUCGAAGGGUGCGACUGAUGAGACUUCUUCGCCAUUCGACACACACACACACACA